AUGGCCGUGGUGCGCGAGUCUCCCCAUGCCAAACACUCGCCCGACAAGAGGGACACCCAAUGGCCCCCCAAGUCACCCUUUGAAGCCCUGCUGUCCUCGCCGAGCGGGAGGCGAAAAUGGCAGGAUCGGAGGAACAGACUGGAGGCUCGCGACACCUCACCAUCACCGGUAAAAGGAAGGGCCGCGGCAGCUAUGGUUUCGGCGGACGAAGACGAAGGUGAUGAGGAUGAAGAGACGUUACGAUUGAAGCUGCAGGCCAUCGAGGCGAAGCUGAAGCUGAAAAAGUUACAGAAGGAAAAGGAGGACCAGAGGAGUAAUGUCAGCACAUCUAGGCUAACAAGAGCUGUCCCCUCGCCAACAAAGUCUCCGAGUCGGCCGGUGUUACAGCCACAUGUCAAUCGAGCGCCAGCAGAAGUCAUUCAGGUCCCCCUCUCGCCUACGAAAGACCGAUCCAUUCCUCUCGGGGAGCACAAAUCCCCUGCUCGCGCCCGACUCGGCCUCGAUACAACCAUUAAAGCGGACGGCGUAUCCCUUAAGCGAGCAAGAGACGGCACACAUCUCAGGCGAGCAAACUCUGCGGCAACAAGCACGACAUCUUCCACGCCCAAGCCCAGCUUCAGCGAGCGUCUGGCACAGAGUCGUGCUGAUGCACAGCAGAGCCGGGUAAAGCAAGAGCGAAUCGACAAUGCAAGGAGCAAAGGGUUUGGGAUUAUGACUCGUCCGGGCUCUCAUCUGCACACCAACCACUCGCCCCUCGAAGGCUUGACCCAGCGGCCAACAUCAUCCAGAGUUCCUCGACUCGAUUCCACUGCCGGCUUCGACCCAUUCACCGAGCUCCACCUCAGCAAACGCCACAUCCCACACGUCGCCAUUGCGCGCGAGAUGAGCGGCAAAGAAAUCUACACGCUUCCCCGCCUCCUCAAAGAAGUGAAAGCGCCAACAUACGAGCCUCCCGACUGCGAGAGCGACUACGUAGUCUUUGCCAUCCUCGCCACGAAAUCUCAACCGUUCGAUCAACGACUAGCGCAACGCACCAGCGACGACCGUAAACCACAAGAAGAUGCUGACCAGCCGCGGAACAAAUUCAUGGUUCUGCACCUCACCGACCUCAAAUGGGAAGUCGAUUGCUUCCUCUUCGGCACCGCGUUCGACCAGUUCUGGAAAUUGACGCCAGGCACCCUGCUCGCCAUCCUCAACCCGGGCAUCAUGCCUCCCAAAGGCAACCAGAAUACCGGCCGCUUCAGCCUGAAACUCGGCAGCUCCGACGACUGCGUGAUGGAGAUUGGUCUCGCACGGGACUUGGCAUACUGCAAAUCAGUCAAGAAAGAUGGCCAGCUGUGUGGGGCGUUCAUCAAUGGGCGCUCAGCCGAAUUGUGCAACUUCCACCUCGACAUGCUAGUGAAUCGUGAGGGACGCAAGGGGAGAAUGGAGGUCAACACCAUGUGGCGCUCUCAUCAAGAUCGAGAGGAGUUUCGAGGAGGAAAGAGCGCGGCAACACUCCUCGACAAAGAAGAUCUAGCCCCCCAAGACGCAGAAGCAAGUCGCCGCCGCAUCGCCGCCGCGCAGCGCGAGCGCGAUCUAGCGAAGAAACUCGCCAACAUGGGUGGCAGCAUGGGAUCCGAAUACCUACGCUCCAAUCCCACCAACGCCCCCACCUCGUCCGACCCUAACAGUAUCAUCGACGUCUCUGCAGCAGCAAAGGCAGCACUCUUCGACAAACCCUCUGCAGCGGAUCUGGGGCUCCUCGCCAACAAGGCCGACAAUCAGCACCUCUCACCCGCCAAAGACCGCAAGCGGCAUUUUGGACUCGGUGCGCUGUCCAAGACCAACGGCGGCCGGGAUGCGGUGGGUUGGGGCGGCGCGCGGAAACCUGGCUUGCUUGCUGCUCCUCGGGAAGGGAGGUUGGGGAGUCCGGAGAAGGGGCAGACGUUUCUUGGAGCUGAGAGGGGGGUUGGAGGGGUAUUGGCGGCCAGACGGGAUGGGAGUGUGAGCCCGAGUAAGAAGCGGGCCCGUUUCGUGCUGGACAAGGGGAUCCGAGAGCCUGGAAGAGAGAGUCUUGGGGAGAUGAUGAUUAAGGACCGUCUCGCGGUUGGGCUUCACGACAAUGACGAUGACGACGACGACGAGCUGGAUAUUGUAUAG